AUGUUGUUAAGGCACGUACUGGUGUUGGCCAGUGGAAUUGUUUGGCUCGUCGAAGCGUAUUUUACAGAAGACUUCAACCAGUGGCUCCUGGAAUUCUAUGGACCCGAUGUGCAAACUACGCUGAACAGGCCGGAUCUUGGCGAAGCAGGUUCUUUUGGUGGCAGACAGUUCCAUAAUCAGGUAAUAAAACGGCAACCGAUUAUUUUUGUUCACGGUGUCUCGAAUCGGGCCGGCGAUCAACCUCUCACUGGCGCCUUACGCUUCAAGUACGCUUAG